AUGGAGUCCGGUGAUGCAAAGAAUAUCACAAAAUGUACAGCUAGGCAUAGUGGUAAUGGGAGAUUCUUAAAAGUGUCAACACGAAAGAAGGGUGAGAACAUGACUAGUAUCCGGAAUAAAUCAUUGAAAAUUCCUUACAAGGAGUUGCCUGGCAGACGAAUAAUCGAUAUCCGUCACUUCAGUAAUAAGUUCGACGAAGGAUGCUACAAUUGUGGAAGUGCGUUUCAGUUUAAAGACAUCAUAAAAGAACGUAAAUAUGGACUCUGUUCUGUCUUUGUAUUCAAAUGUAAAGUUUGUUCAUCAGAAACUAAAGUAGUAUCGUCAAGGCGACAUAAAAUGCCGGAUACUACGGAAGGACCAUAUGCAGUAAAUGUUAAAUCAGCUAUUGGUAUGAUACACACGGGCAUAGGUGCAACACACGUUAAUGGCUUUCUAAACACCUUGGGUAUUCCUGGAAUUCAUCACAAAACAACAAUGAAAGAAGUAGAAAGACUAGCUGGGCCAGUUAUAGAAAGAACAGCAAACGAUUCGUGUACCACAGCAGGUAAACUAGAGAAGGAGAUUUUCCGGAAGCAAUGCAGCACUACAGAUGCAGUCGAUGAGCAAGAGGAACAAAUCACUUUCGAAGAGGCCAUGGAUAUUCUUGAAGCUGCAGAUGAGGAAGAAUCUUCUGAAGACAUGAGUACGCCAGCGAUAAUAUGUGAGAAGGGAAAUAUGUCAACGGCAAAAAAUCGGAUUACAGUCGAUCAUGCAGAAAUUGUCCAGCUUUCGGCAGUCUGCGGCGAUUCGCACUUCACUAAGUUCGUUCUACCUAAAGGCGACAUACAUGUAAAAGCAACUGCGGUUAACGGUCUUGAGGUCCGCAUAGUGAAAGGAAAGAAGUACCUCUUUCAACAUAACCAGGAAGCUGAAUCCUGUGAUGUUUCAAUGGCAUUGUCCGAAUUUUUAGCAUGGCUGAAUUCAUUAAGUGAAGGGAAAGUUAUUUUAUCGGCCCACAACGGAAAGGUUUUCGAUAUGAAAUUCCUAUUGAAGUAUGUCACAGAAACAAAUUGCUUUAAUCUCUUCUGUGAAAAUGUCUAUGGAUUUAUUGACACACUACCUCUCCUUAGAAAACAGAAACCAAGGAUGAAGUCAUACAAACUAACUAAUCUGUAUGAACAGACAUUUGGUGUUACAUUCGAAGCUCACGACGCAUUACAUGAUGCAAAAGCUUUACAGGAUAUUAUCAAAGACCGGAGCAUAGCGUUCAAAGAAAUGGAAAGCUAUAUUUUGACUGCAACUGAAGCAGUAAACUACUUGUUGAAUAGGCGCCGGUCAAGUGCUUGUGCUGCUGAAAUGGAGAACAAAUUAUGUAAAAAUGAAAAAGUUAUAACAUGUUCUAUGGCAAAAAAGAUCUCUGAAAGUGGACUUUCUUACGACCAUUUAAAAACGGCAUACUUACGUGAUCCCGAAAAUGGAAUAAAAUUGUUGCUUUCAGAACAAGUCAACGGGAAACCGAGAGUUACAAACAGAACGGCCAUAAUCAAGUCUAUAAAAUCACACUUUGACACUGUCCAUUCACAGUUACUUAGCUAG